AUGGCUACUACUGAAGAAGAAUUACGUGUUGUCCUACUUGGGAAAACAGGCAACGGGAAAAGUGCAACUGGCAAUUCGUUGCUACAUUCACGAACUGCAUUUUUCUCUACACAAUCAGCGCAGUCGAUAACAAAAGAUUGUGAAGCGAAAUCGGGUACUUGCACGGGUGUUAAUGGAAGACAAAAACGUUUAGUCGUUGUCGAUACGCCUGGGUUUUUUGAUACAAACGAAGGAAUCACGAAUGAAAAUGUGCAGAAUAAAAUUGCAUCACAAAUUUUCAAUAUGACAUCACCUGGCGUUCAUGCUUUUUUAAUCGUUGUACGUGUCGACCGGUUCACGCCGGAAGAAAAAGACACAGUAGAUUUCAUCAAAAAAAUAUUUGGUGCCGGUGCUGCUAAAUACUGUAUCGUAAUUUUAACUCGAGAAGAUCAGUUGGAUGACGGACAAUCGAUUGAGGAGUUCAUAAAUUCAUCUCGACAUUUGAAAGAAUUAGUCGAUUUGUGUGGGAAUCGUAAACUUGCUAUCAAUAAUAAAAUUAGCGGUGGAAUAUUGGAGAGAAAAACAAAGGAUUUGCUUCAAAUGAUUGAUAGAAUGGUAGAAAAUAAUAAUCGAACUUAUUAUACAAACGAUGAAUAUCAAAGAAUCGAAAGACAACGACGAGAAGAGCAAGCGCGACGCGAAGAAGAAGAACGUAGGAAGAAAAAAGAAUAUGAAGAUGCAUUAAAGGCAAAAGCAACAAAGGAAGCAGAGCAAAAAGCGGCAAAACGAGAGCAAGAGAUACGAGAAGAAGCGCGAAAAAACGAGGAAAAACGUGUACAACAAGUCAGAGAUGAAGAACGCAAAAGGACGGACAGACAGAUACAAGAAGAACGUGAUCGAGCAAGAGCAGCAGAAGAAGAAGCAAGGAGUGAACGAAUGAGAAGUGCAAGAAGACAAGAGUCAGCAUGUGGAUCUCGAAGAGCUUGUGAUGGCGACGAUGAUGGCGGUGGGUUAGGAGCCUUCUUAAAUACACUUCGUUUGCACGGGGGAAACGAUAUGCCUUCGCCGAAUACAGGAGGUAUGGGUAUGUCACCGUUUCAAGCAUCCAUGCCUACUAGACAUACAAUGCUUGGAGGUGGUGGUGGUGGUGGUCGAUUCACUGGCGAGUUCAUGGCAACUCGAGGCAGUGCAAACAAUCGACCAAUUAUGGAGGGUGCCAGAGGUGGUCAAUUCUAUUGGAAUAACAAUGGUAACAAGACUUAUUUGCGAAAGUAA